GGUAGUCACCUAAAUAUCAGUUAGGGUUUCAAAUAACAGCCCUCGCCAUGGGGCUGUACGACACACCUUUGUGUAUCUAUUAUAGAGGUGUAACUGAUUUGUGUCGAGUGGUUUAUUUCUUGCAAAAAGGGUGUGGUGUGAGUAAAUACAGGCAGAUACAUCCAUUAUCUCUAAAAAUCUUGUUUUCUUUCUUACAUAAACAUGAUUUGUGUAUCAUGGGUUACCGAGCAUAAUAAAGUAUUUCAGUGCAUGGAGCGAGCAUUUUAAAAGUUUGCCUUAAAGCCACACAGUCUGUAGUGCAGAGACAUCCAGGUUGGCUGUUGUCUUUCCCCCACCGCUCUUUGUCAGACAGGUUUGUGGAGAACAGCAGCAGACUGCUGGCCUCAGCAUUUUCCGCCUAUAUUGAUCUCCCCACAUUAGCUCUCUCUUCAUGCACAGACAUGAGCACAAUUGCUUCCCUUACAACAUCGGCUGCCGUGGCAACUGAGUCCCGAUCUUGAGAUUGGCUCACAGAAAACAUCUCCAACCAGAGCCUCUUCAUUUCGAUGCCGCCAUCAUCUCCUUUACAUUCCCCUGUACAUAUUUGACACAUCAACGGCUUGAUUUGCCACUUAAAAGCUAUCUCCAUAUGUCUUUGUGUAUUUUUCAAUAGGCUAAGUGCUUAACAGGAUAAAAGAGCAGUUUGAAAGGGGGGGAAAUGUGCCUUGGCACCUGCUGUUAGUGCCUGCCUGUUUGCACAUGAAUAUGAUGAGGCUGGCGGUGCGCUGGGCUAUUUUAACUUGCAGAUGAGCCAUCAGGUCAGCACCAUUGCAGCUUUGGUGUAUUUUCAAGGAUGAGCUGCAGUCAACAGGCCAGUCCGGCUUAUUAGCUCCCUCUCCCCUCUCCACUCUUUUACACUUUAGCUUCCCAUCAUUCAUCGCGUUGCCAGCCGCCUCUCUGUGAUGCCUUUUCAUAAAAGCAAUGAUAACUGCGAUGAUUGCAACAGCAGUGGUAAUUGACCAGCUGCAGUCAUAGUAAAAAAUGUUCUGUGUUUGGCCGGAUAGGAGAGUCAGUUUUCUUCAUUCGAUCACUCUGCCUCUGUUGAUAUUCAAAUGGCGGUCUUCAGGAGGAACUCCUCAAAAGAGAAUAAGUGCUCUCUCUGGCACCAAGGGCCCAGCUGAGAGGUCAGUGGAUGAACUGAGGUGAAGCUCUCUUGUGCUUUUAAGGUUAAUCAGCUGUCUAACACUUAAACCCAGGCCGUGACUUCUUUCUGUUUCCCAGUCUCAAAGCUUACAUUCGCAGGCAGUUAUUAUAAUAAUAGUUAUCAAUGGAAGAUGCAACGGAAGAUGCUAUGGAGUCAAGGCCUUUACUGUGAUCUAAACAUUUGUCUUUAGCAUGUGUUGGGCAAGUUGGGGAUGUAGACUUGACUUAAACUCAAAGAAAGUAGGGCGUCAUGGUUGGUCAGUCGGCUGUAUUAUCUUCCAUUUAACUAUAUUUUGAACCCAGCCUGAGAUCUUUGUGAGAUUCCCCCUGAAUCAUUCUUUAUAUAACCGCUAUUUUAAAAGACCUGACCCUAACUCUACCUAAACAUUUAAUUCUCAAAAGCACACAUAGCUGAAUAUAGUCUGAAAUGCUUCCUGGAAGGCUAAAUACAAAUUUCGUCUAAAACUGUCUUUGUAAAUUCAUUCAGAGUAGGAGCCUGUCAUGUCAAGGAAUAUCUUUUUUCUGUUGUGGUCUCUUGAGCAGAGAUAUUUCUUUAAACACAAAUGGGCAGUUCUCUCGCUGCCUGACAUAACUCAUUGCUCUACUUUGCUGUGAGCCGUGAUUCAUCCUAGACUAACGCUAUCUUACAUAGCCUACCUUGCUACCAGCUGAUUCUCAGCUGGCACUCUCUCUUUCUCUUUGCCUUCCUCAGUCUCUUGGUCUCUCUUUCACUGUUUCUGUCUUGCUCUCCUUUUGUGUAAAAAGGAUUUCCCUAUUGUUAUGUCUCUUCCGAUGUUCGCUCUGCAUGUCCCUCAUGCAGAGCUUCAUUUACUUUCAUUUUGCUCAAGUACAUGUGGUACACAAAGAAAUUUCAGUGGUGCUUAUUAAAACUUUUGGGCAGAGUUCAGGACAAAAUGUAUCUGAAGCCCCUUUUUAAACUGGUCAGAAAACCACACCCACUAACAUCUGGCUUUUGUCUGCAAUGGGAAUGGAUCCGAUCUACGUUCACUGGGGCUCUGAUUUGCAGGGAUGGUAACGUGACAGUCAGGUGAAUGCGCUAAUAAGAAAAUAUAUAAAGUCUGGCUUUUAAAGCUGAAGAAGCCAUGACCCUAGAUUUCUAAGUCACUCUUGUUUGUGUGCUGUAUGUUUCUGCCCUCAUUUAGACUUGAGUGGUCAUUUUGUAAAUGCACUAAUGCCUGCUCCUUUCCCCCCUCCUCCUUUCCUCGCUGGCUGGCUUUGACAAACUGAUUUAUGUGUGUAAGUGUGUCUACACUCCCUCUCUUGUCUCACCCACCGUGCAAACACUCUUGCGUUUGACCCAGUUCUUAUCUUAUCACAGAAAUGAAAAGACAUGCCUAUCCACCAAGCUCUGUGCGCCUUUACCUCUCCAGCCUUCCAAACCUUACUCCCUCCUCAGACUGGAUCCAAGAGCAUCCAGGGCCACCCCAGAACCAGAGACAUCUGGUGUCCACACAAGGGGUGCAGUAGGAGGACUUUGUUACAGGACCUCUUUGAUUUAAUGGGUCCAAUCAUUGGGAUGUCACCAGAUAAGAAAACGGAAAUUCCGGGUAUGCAAGAGGAGCGGACGGGGCUCAGAGGCGUCUGUGGCGUGGGAACGCUGCCUGAGGCGGAGUGCGCCUCCAGUCCGCUGGCGACCAGCGUGGAUCGCACUGGAGGCGCAGAGGAUGAGGAGCUCACCAACCUCAACUGGCUCCACGAGAACCUGCUUCAGAACUUCGCCCUGGGGGGCCCCGAAGCUCAGCCCAGUGGCAGCCCCCUUUUUGACAUAGAGGGAGAUUACGGCUCCGGCCAGGGCCCAUCAUCCUCUUCAUCCUCGUCGCACGGCCGAGGCAGGGAGCGGGACUCGUUGAAGUCUAAGCCCCCUUUCUCGUUUUCUCUGCUCAUCUACAUGGCCAUUGAGCAGUCGCCCAGCAAGUCUUUGCCUGUUAAAGAAAUAUACGGCUGGAUUCUUGAGCACUUUCCCUAUUUCUCCAAUGCUCCCACCGGCUGGAAGAACUCAGUUCGUCACAACUUGUCCCUGAACAAAUGCUUCCGCAAGGUUGAGAGGAGUUUGGGAAAGGCCAAUGGUAAAGGUUCUCUCUGGUGUGUUGACCCCGAGUACCGCCCCAACCUGAUCCAAGCCCUUAAGAAGCAGCACUUCCCUGCCGCACAUGCCUUCUGCACACCACCCGCCUCCCCACCCAGUGCCUCCUCACCCCCUCGCCAUCUCUAUCUACAAGGCUGCUCAUUCAAAGAGUCUGACAUUGAUGCUGCCACUGCCAUGAUGCUCUUAAACUCUGCCCCCGGGCACCACGUUGACCCAUGCAAUUCUGACGGUCCACUGGACCUCUCCAGACCAGACUCUGUUCUGGUGAGCAGUGAUCCAAAGCAGGACCAUAACUAUAGUAGCGUUGCCUUGCAGCGCUGCUCUUCCCGCUCCUCCUCUUCGUCCCUUUCCUCGCUUGACGAAGGAGGCUGCGACCGCAGGCAGUCCCGCCGCGCCGGCAGCGAAGGCUUCCACAGCGACGAGGACUCCGAUCUCUGGGACGAGAGGGGCGUCCACCAGACUUCUCGCCGUCCACCUGCCAUCAAAUGGCCCAUCAGCAAGAGGGUGCGGCGCGAGGUCAAGCCAGAGCUGGACGAGGAGCUAAAGGAAGCGGCCGGCUCCUUGCUGCACCUCGCUGGUAUACGCAGCUGCAUGGAGGGAUCCAAACGUACUGUCAAGAGCACAAAACUUAACAGGAAAUGAAGAUUUUUUUUCUUUUCUUUUUUUUUUGCCCCCAUCAGACUCCGGACCCUGUGACCCCAAACCUCUGACCCCUGAUCAUGUGUCCCAGUGUGCCUCCUUCUCCUUAUCUGAUCGUUCAUUGGCCAUUUUGAGCCUUUUUUUUGUUUGGAAAUAUCCCUGUCCAAAUAAACAAAUGGCAAUAGUAUCGCUCACACAGGAGAACAAAGCCAUAUAGAGACUUUUGUAACUCGGGGUGACUGCUGGGGGUGGGUGUUUGGCCUGUGGAGAACCAUCCUGAUACCUAUCCAAAAUGACCCGCCUGCUUCUGUUGGACUGGGAGACUGCGAUUCAAGAAUUUUUUUUCCCUCUGAAAGACAAAUGGGACAAGCUGAAGGUUUUUUAACUCAAAGCGUUGCAUGCUUCCUCCUCAAACCUGUAUCCUCUUCCAAGUGAAUCUAUUUAUGAAGCGAAUGAGUGCAUGUUUGUAACAAGACAAAAAUCUAACCUCCUGUUGUUAUCACCUUCUCCUUUUUUGUGCUAAAGAAAAAAAAAAAGAUGCCACUGUUUUGAAAGGAAUCCUCGCUCUAUGAAUCCUCUUGUAAGAGAAUUGCAAUAAUUGAUCCACAACCUUAACCUUUUGACUUUAUUUCAUGGUGGUAUUUUUCCGAGUCAAGUAUGCUAGUUAAACUUUACCAAUAUGAGAAUGAAUGGAGUAGUAUUAUGAUCUUGUUAUGCGAUAAACUUAUUACACACGAGCUCCAGCUGUUUUUCCGAAUCAGCAAGACGUGGAAAAUAGUAUUACUCUGCCACUGCCAAAUUUAGUUGCAAAGUUAGCUAUGCUACUUUGCUCAGUUUUGUGCGGCCAUUACACUGCUAUACAAAUUCACUGCCCAUCCUUUCAAUCAUGUGUUUGUGUGUUUUUCACAUUUCUUGCGCGGAUGCAGAACAUAUAUUCACAUGUUUGGGGACGGCCUAUGCAAAGUGAACACCUGCUUUUCCCAGAUGUUCACUGUGUGUUCAUAGGUUAUGCUCCAUAGAUUUUAUUAUUUUUAAAAUUUUAUUUUAUUUUUGUGUACAGGGGUGUGUGUGUGUGUGCGUGUGUAUCAUAGUGCAUGUUGAUUUCAACCUAAACCUGAGAUGACGGUCAGGACAGGAAAGGUUUUCAAUUUUUUUCUUUUUCUGCCAAAAUGGUCGUUUUAUUCCGAUGAAUCCGUAAUGACAGAUCCUCUCACUAUAGCAGACGUGUCGGGCUGUGUGGUUCUCUGGUCGCUUCUGGUCCUGUUGAAUGCGGAGCUGGUUAAUGGUGAGCAGCCGGUGCUGGCAGUAAAUGACCACAGCUUCUUGCUCCAUUAUUUGGGUUUGCAGUUUGAUUAUACCUCUGUGUGUUCUCUUUGAUUUAAUUUUACUUUUUUUACUUUUAUCAAAGUUUCUGCUGGUGAUCCUGUGGCCAAGUUACUAAUAACUUGAGGGAAAGUGUGUGUUUGGGUUCAGAUCAAGGAAACAUCAAGAAGCUUUACAAAGAAUGAGGGGGGACAACACCGUCAUGGCCAGAGAGAAGUAAACUUUACAUUUGCGGUCGCUAGCAGGACAGAUGUUGUGCCCUCGGUUCUGGCUCGGCCAUUGGUGUUUCGUUCUUCCUUCUAGAACAAAAUAAGGAAGUGCACGCUCUCCUCUCAAGCUGUGAAAUGGAGUGUUUAUUGUCAGUUGAUUGCACGCAGUUCACUGAGGGGAAGUUGCGAGCCACUUGUGCAAAAAGGCCAAUAUUAUCAUUAGAGCUUUUUUAAAAAGGCUGCACACCCGCAGCGCAAAAUACAAGGUAGAAUGGAACUGCAAAGGCUGGCAAACUGGAAAUUAUAUUAAUUCUUCCCACGGUGAUCGAUCACGUUGUGUCACGGUGGCUGUUAGUAUAGCAUGCAAGGUGGGUGCCAAACAUUUUCUUGUGCCACUGAUGUAAACCUGCGACGGACCAUGGUCGCUAUACUCCCCCUACUGCAGCGCUGCCACAAUGUAAAUGUGCUGUAGAGCGACAAUGCCCUAGUUUUCUGACUCAUCCUAACAGGAAAUGGGAGAGGACUCUGGUCAGUGCAGUGACUUUAACCAAUCUCUUGGUUUAUUUUUGUCACUUCAGAGCGGGAACUGCUCUCGCCAGACUGAGCUUCGGUUCUCAAAAGUAAUACUUGCAUACACUGGUCUUGUUUAGCUGUGAAAAAGAAGAACAAAUUAUUGUUCAUUAAUCAUUACCUUAUUUAUGACAUUAAUUUAUGGGAUUAUUGAAUGCAUACUCUAUCACGCGCCGGUCAUUCGAAAGGAAUGACUGGGCACGUUUAUUUUUCUCCCUCUGUGAACUCCUUAAUAAGUAUUUUGUUUUCCUUGUUUAUUUUACAGCAAUACACUUUUUUCUUUCACUAUGUUAUAGUGAUUAAGUAUGCCAAUGUCUGUUGUCUUUAGAGCGGGUGUUUAAUUUUAUUUUUAUUUUUAUUUUUUUCAAUUUAACCAUGACUGCCAGGUUUUCUUGAUGUUUUGUUAUGCUCUUUGUUAAGCUGAGAUAGAAGACAGUUAAUUUACACUGAUCCUGAAAGCAUUUGUUGCCAAAAUUGAUGUACAGCUGGGGUUAAAGAUUGAAGGUUUGAAGAUGGACACAUUCCCCACAUACUGUAGAAGCUCUUUGAAACUAAUUUAAUCAUUUUUUACAUUCGUCACAUGUAUGGUUUAUGUUUAGAUAUUAUGACUCAGUAGUCACAAAUUGAAGAUUAGCUGUUGAUCUCAUCUCGAGAGAAUAAUCUUUGAAAAGAAAAAAAAAUACUGCCACUCAUGACUCAAGCUUCCAGGUAUUGUUAUGGGAUGUUGAAAUGUUUUGAAUAUCACUGGAUCAGACAUAAGUCAGUCUGCUGCUGCUGCUGUGUAGGUUCAGACCCACAUUUGCAGAGAAAUAAUGGAGAGUAAAAAAAUCUCACAAAUUCUUUCUGUUGCAAAUGCAAAAAGAAAUGUUGAAUUGGUCUCAAAGUGACUGAGUCAGUGAGUCGACCUGUGGAGGAACUACCUGAACGUUCUGGUCGCCUCAUCGCUCAGCAGCGAUUAUGUGAUUCUCUAAAUUCUGUUGCAGUUUCUUUGACGGAACAUGUUGUUGCAUUUGACAAAAGCUGCCAACCCAGUAUCAGUUUGUGUCAGUUGUCUGCCAUGUCUAUUAGACCGACACACCUUUUUGGUUUUUGUAUGCUAACCUCUGUUGAUAAAAUGUUUAUAAGAUUUAUUUUCGCCAAAGAUAUGCAAUUGCAUUAUAUAUGGUAUUACAAAAUAUUAAUAAAAACCUGUUCUUGUUA